CUGUUCCCCACUCCCUCUUGCUCAUUCAUAGAAUCUCCCUUACAUAGAGCAUCCCACCAAGGGCAGUGGGGCCCACAAAUAUCAUGUCCCCCCCAUCAUCGCCCUCGUCAUCGCCGCCAUCGCAGCCCUCAUCGUCCACGGAGCUGACAGGUCGCGCCAUCCUCAUCGGCCUCAUCGUCGGCUCACUCCUGUGCUUUACCAACUGCUACUUCGGCUUGCAGUCAUCAUGGAUCUCCAUGAGCUCUAUGCAGUCUGCACUUGUGGGCUACGGGCUGGUCAAGCUGCUGCCUAGGACAUCGGACGAGGACACAGAGGGGGCAAUCGCUUUGCCCAGCGACCAAGGCGAGGACGCGCCGGCAUCGCCGUCUUCCCUCUUCUGGCGCUAUUUCGGCACAGGUCGCUUCACUCCUCAGGAAAACGUCGUCCUGGCUGCAACAGCAGUCGCAUUAGGCUCGAUGCCCCUAACCGUCGGGCUGAUCGGGAUCGUUCCCGCGCUUGCGCAGCUCAAGCCAGAGAGGGACCAUGGUGCUCUGCCCGUCUACUUGACCGGAUGGCAUCUUUUGCUUUGGUGCGCGGCCCUCAGCUUCUUUGGCGUCUUCUUUGCUAGUCCGUUGCGCAAGAGGACCAUUGUCAAGGAGAAGCUCGUCUUUCCCUCUGGUACGGCGACGGCGCAUUUGGUGGGGGUGUUGCAUGGGACCGGGGUGAGGGAAGAUAGAUUAGCCGCCAGCAAACAGCAGCAGCAGCAGCGACCUGGCCAAGAGGAGAAUGGAGCCAACGACGAACAGCCUCUGCUCAAUACCGGCGUCAACGAAGAGAAUGGCGACCCGCACUCUGCCGUGGUAGGCCAACCGGCCUGGACGGCGCUCAUCUGGUCCUUCCUAGCUUCCCUCGCUUUCACCUUCAGCUCAGCACUCUUGCCCGUCCUCUACGUCAUGCCUGUCUUUGAUGUUCUCCCACCGCACAAUCUGGCUCGCGUAUGGGGCUGGUAUCUCACGCCUUCGCUCUCGUACAUAGGGCAGGGGAUCAUCAUGGGGUUGCAUACCACGGCUAGCAUGCUCGUUGGAGCCAUCUUCGGCUGGGCAUUUCUCUCUCCACUCGCUCACAACAGCGGGUGGACCGACGCGCCGCCCAUGGAUGCAGAGUCGGGGAGCAAGGGCUGGAUCUUGUGGAUCUCACUGGCAAUCAUGACCGCUGAGUCAUUCGUGGGCCUGGCGGUCAUCUUCUUCGCCGAAGUGACGAGUCAGAGUAUCAGGACAUCAAGCAGCGGUGACGACGAGGAAGACGAGCCGUCCUCCCGUCUGCCACCCCCGCGUACAAUCAUCGUCGGCCUGGCCCUCUCCUCCCUCUUCGCCGUCGGGACCCUCUACGCUCUCUUUGGCCGCGAAGGGAUCGAGCCCUAUACCACGGUAGUCGCUAUUGUCCUCGCAUUCGCCCUCUCCGUCCUCGCCGUCCGAGCCCUAGGCAGCACAGAUCUCAACCCGGUUGCGGCCCUAGGCAAGAUGUCCCAGCUGGUCUUCGCGAUACUCCAGCCUCACAACAUCGUAGCAAACAUGAUAGCUGGCGGCCUUUGUGAAGCUGGCGCAAUGCAAAGUGGGGAACUACUGCAGACAUUCAAGACUGGACAUCUCACGGGAACCUCGCCACGCUCUCAGUUCUGGGGACAAUUGAUGGGGAGCUUUGCGGGUAUUUUCGUGUCAAGCUACGCCUACCAGCUCUAUACCAAGAUCUACACGAUCCCCUCGCCGAGCUUCCCAGCUCCUGCAGCGAGUAUGUGGUUGAACUUUGCUAGGUUGGUCAACAACGGAGAGGUGCCGAGACAUUCGACAGAGUGGAUGGUUGGGUGCGGAGCGGUCUUUGCGGUCACAGGGACCAUCAAAGCCGUGGCUCAGGCGAGGGCUAGCAAACGCUCAGCGGGUGAUCCAGUCGCACCGUGGGAGAGGUGGGCAUUCUACCUUCCCUCAGGCAUAGCAUUCGCUGUCGGGCUGUUGAACACGCCAAACUUCUCCAUCGCACGAUUCAUAGGAGGAGUGGUGAGCCAUCUUUGGAUGCGCAAUAUGCCCGGCGCAGGCUCAUCAGCGUCGUCAUCGAGGAUACUGAUCAUCAUCGUCGCCUCAGGCUUCGUGCUGGGAGAAGGUGCGGGAAGCAUCAUCAACUUGUUCGCCAAGCAGGCAGGCUUGAGACCGCUGUCGUGUGCAGGAUGUAGAGGUGGGUGCGGUGGCGGAUGCUGAUGCGAGGCGCGACAGAGCUAAGAUUGGAUUGUACCAUAGAAUAGAGGAAGGACGGAAACGGCUACCGUACGAGCGAACAAUCUAAUGCCCCACGACACGCAAUGCACGUUUGAGUACGUCACAUCAGCGUCGCACGAUAGAGUUUCUC